AUGCAAGCAGGAGGUGGUAGUGGCCCGGAUCCAGCUGUGAUGGCUGCCAUCGAACGGGGCAAUGCAGUGGUUUUUCUAGAUGUAGCAAUGGGAGAGGGAGAUGCCAUGUCACCACUGGGUAGGAUCAAGUUGGAGCUUUUCGUAAAUGAUUGCCCCAAAACAACCGCCAAUUUCAAGGCAUUCUGUACAGGUGAACACAUGGAGAAUGCUCAACCAAUUGGCUACAAAGACUCAUCCUUCCACCGGGUCAUCAAGGGAUUCAUGGUACAGGGCGGUGAUUUCAUCAACAACGACGGAACUGGUUCCAAAUCCAUCUAUGGAACCGCAAACUUUGCAGAUGAAAACUUUUUGCACAAACAUGACAAGCCAGGAGUGCUGAGCUCAGCCAAUUCUGGACCCAAUACAAAUGGUUGCCAGUUCUUCAUUACCUGUGCAAAGGCAGAUUGGCUGGACGGAAAGCAUGUUGUCUUUGGCAAAGUCUUGGAUGCCCCAUCAAUGCUCACUGUCCGAAAGUGUGAAGCAGCACCGGUCCAUGGAGACAAACCGAGAAUGCCUCUUCGAAUAGUGCAGUGCGGCGAGCUCUAA